CCGCCACCCCCCACCCGACCUCCCCCAGCCCAGCUGAACAGCGGGGACCACGGGGACGCGCAAGCGAGCUAGCGGCCGCGCCUGCGCACUGGCCACCUCCCCUAGCGGCGAUCCGGGCCGCUGCCGCUCGCGCUUGGGCAGGACGCCGGGCGGGCGGGGGGAGGGGGGAGCGGCUUCGCUUCCAGCCCUGAGUAAGGCGGAGACCCGGGCUGGCGGGCGGAGCAGGAGGCACCGCACCUCGGCCAGAGGCUGCUGCAGCAGCUGCUGCCCUCGUCCCCGCCGCCGCCUCUCCAGUCCCUUCAGUGAUUAACCCUCCAGCUGUUGGGAACCGGCAAGAAAGAGGAGGAGGCGAGAAACUCCCACCGACCCACAGAGGGAGCAUGACUUCGGCGACUUCACCUAUCAUUUUAAAAUGGGACCCCAAAAGUUUGGAAAUCCGGACACUAACGGUGGAGAGGCUUUUGGAGCCACUUGUUACACAGGUGACAACCCUUGUCAACACGAGCAACAAAGGCCCAUCUGGUAAAAAGAAAGGGAGGUCAAAGAAAGCCCAUGUACUGGCGGCAUCUGUAGAGCAAGCCACUCAAAACUUCCUGGAUAAGGGUGAACAGAUUGCCAAGGAGAGCCAAGAUCUCAAAGAAGAAUUGGUCGCUGCGGUAGAGGAUGUGCGCAAACAAGGUGAGACAAUGCGCAUCGCCUCUUCAGAGUUUGCUGAUGACCCGUGCUCAUCGGUGAAGCGUGGCACCAUGGUGCGGGCGGCGAGGGCUUUGCUCUCAGCUGUAACUCGCCUACUCAUCCUGGCAGACAUGGCGGAUGUCAUGAGACUUUUGUCUCAUCUGAAAAUUGUGGAAGAGGCCCUGGAAGCUGUCAAGAAUGCUACAAAUGAGCAAGAUCUUGCAAACCGCUUUAAAGAGUUUGGGAAAGAAAUGGUGAAACUUAACUAUGUAGCAGCAAGAAGACAACAGGAGCUGAAGGACCCUCACUGUCGGGAUGAGAUGGCCGCCGCCCGAGGGGCUCUGAAGAAGAACGCUACAAUGCUGUACACAGCCUCCCAAGCGUUUCUCCGCCACCCGGAUGUUGCUGCCACAAGAGCCAACCGAGAUUAUGUGUUUAAACAGGUCCAGGAGGCCAUUGCUGGCAUCUCCAAUGCUGCUCAAGCUACCUCGCCCACCGAUGAAGCCAAAGGCCACACAGGCAUCGGCGAGCUGGCUGCAGCUCUCAAUGAGUUCGAUAAUAAGAUAAUCCUGGACCCCAUGACCUUCAGCGAGGCCAGGUUCCGGCCGUCGCUCGAGGAGAGGCUGGAGAGCAUCAUCAGCGGCGCGGCGCUCAUGGCCGACUCGUCCUGCACACGCGACGACCGGCGCGAGAGGAUCGUGGCCGAGUGCAACGCUGUCCGGCAGGCGCUCCAGGACCUGCUCAGCGAGUACAUGAACAACACUGGAAGAAAAGAAAAAGGAGAUCCUCUAAACAUUGCAAUUGAUAAGAUGACCAAGAAAACAAGAGACCUAAGGAGACAGCUUCGGAAAGCAGUGAUGGAUCACAUAUCUGAUUCUUUCUUGGAAACCAAUGUCCCUUUACUAGUUCUCAUUGAGGCUGCAAAGAGUGGGAAUGAGAAGGAAGUGAAGGAAUAUGCCCAGGUUUUCCGUGAGCAUGCCAACAAGCUGGUGGAGGUUGCCAACUUGGCCUGUUCCAUUUCCAACAAUGAGGAAGGGGUAAAAUUAGUCCGGAUGGCAGCCACCCAGAUUGACAGCCUGUGUCCUCAGGUCAUCAAUGCUGCUCUCACACUGGCUGCCCGACCACAGAGCAAAGUUGCUCAGGACAACAUGGAUGUCUUCAAAGACCAGUGGGAGAAGCAGGUCCGAGUGCUGACAGAGGCUGUGGAUGACAUCACCUCAGUGGAUGACUUCCUUUCUGUCUCAGAGAAUCACAUCUUGGAGGAUGUGAACAAGUGUGUGAUAGCCCUCCAGGAAGGGGACGUGGACACCCUGGACCGGACUGCGGGGGCCAUCAGAGGCCGGGCAGCUCGAGUGAUACACAUCAUCAAUGCAGAGAUGGAGAACUAUGAAGCUGGUGUAUAUACUGAGAAGGUUCUGGAAGCUACAAAAUUGCUCUCUGAGACAGUGAUGCCACGCUUUGCCGAGCAAGUAGAGGUGGCUAUUGAAGCCCUGAGUGCCAACGUCCCUCAACCAUUCGAAGAGAAUGAGUUCAUUGAUGCCUCUCGCCUGGUGUAUGAUGGUGUUCGAGAUAUCAGAAAAGCUGUGCUGAUGAUCAGGACCCCAGAAGAACUAGAGGAUGAUUCUGACUUCGAGCAGGAAGAUUACGAUGUACGCAGCCGGACAAGUGUUCAGACUGAGGACGACCAGCUCAUUGCGGGGCAGAGUGCACGGGCCAUCAUGGCGCAACUACCGCAGGAGGAGAAGGCAAAAAUAGCUGAGCAGGUGGAGAUAUUCCACCAAGAGAAAAGCAAGCUGGAUGCCGAAGUGGCCAAGUGGGAUGACAGCGGCAAUGAUAUAAUUGUGCUGGCCAAGCAGAUGUGUAUGAUCAUGAUGGAAAUGACAGACUUCACAAGAGGCAAAGGCCCAUUGAAAAAUACAUCUGAUGUUAUUAAUGCCGCCAAGAAAAUUGCUGAAGCAGGUUCUCGAAUGGACAAAUUAGCCCGCGCGGUGGCUGAUCAGUGUCCUGAUUCAGCAUGUAAGCAGGAUUUAUUAGCCUACCUUCAACGAAUUGCCUUGUAUUGCCAUCAGCUUAAUAUCUGCAGCAAGGUGAAGGCAGAAGUACAGAAUCUCGGAGGAGAGCUCAUUGUGUCAGGGACAGGAGUUCAGAGCACUUUCACUACCUUUUAUGAGGUAGAUUGUGAUGUCAUAGAUGGGGGCAGGGCUAGUCAACUUUCUACCCACCUCCCAACCUGUGCUGAGGGAGCUCCGAUCGGGAGUGGAAGCAGUGAUUCCUCCAUGCUGGACAGUGCCACAUCACUCAUCCAGGCAGCUAAAAACCUGAUGAAUGCUGUUGUCCUCACGGUGAAAGCAUCCUAUGUGGCCUCAACCAAAUACCAGAAGGUCUAUGGAACAGCAGCUGUCAACUCACCGGUUGUGUCUUGGAAGAUGAAGGCCCCAGAGAAGAAGCCCCUUGUGAAGAGAGAAAAGCCUGAAGAAUUCCAGACACGAGUUAGACGAGGUUCCCAGAAGAAACACAUUUCACCUGUACAGGCUUUAAGUGAAUUCAAAGCAAUGGAUUCAUUCUAGGACGAUAGGCUUUAAUAAGAAAGCUUUUUUUUUUUUCUUUUCUUUUUAAUUCAUUUUUGUAUGCAUACCUGCCGACUCGUAUGCCUCUGGCAUGGGGAAAUUAAGGGAGCAGUGUCUGUUUGCAUGUGAGAUGAGAUGUGAUCAAUACUACUGAUUCAUCAGUAGCUGGGGAGGGAACAGGGAAUUCCUGUCCUGAGGUGGUACAGAACUGUCCUUUGCAACAUUCUCAUAAAAUUGGGCAAAGAGUUCGCAUCGCAAUGUUUAUGGGAGUGGGAGGGAUGGGGACAAUAAACUUAAUUUUACAAAAGCAAACUCUAAUGCAUGCAAGAAUCAUUAGGUUGGCAGGUAUCUUAAUAAGUGAAAAAUCUGGAAGUGUAAUGGUAGAACAUAAAGCUUGUAUUGCUUCUGUUUCAGUGCAAAAAUGUACUAGCCAAUACGCUGAAGUGUGUGGCCCACAAAUUGAACAAUUUAACUUUGAAGUCAUAUCCAUGAUAUUAAGUGGAUUUUUUACUAAGGAGAAAACUAACUCAUCCAGUCAAAAUGUUUCUUUUAAUCUGUAUUCUAUUCUUUCUCUCGUAGUAGUGCCAUUACUAGUGCUCAUAUUUUCAAUUUUUCCCCCUUUACUGAAAAUAAACACUUAUUUGAGACAAUUAUAAUCCUUCUGGGGGCACUGGAAGCACAAUAUAUGGUGAUCCAUAUUUUACUUUAAAAACAUUUGAACUAUGAUUUUGCUAGAAAUAGGAGACCCAGUGGUGGAAUGAUAGAAGAAUGGAAACUGAUGAUGUGUGAAGGUUUAGAGGCAAAUACAUAGGUGUAGCUCGGAGUGCUGGUAUCUAAUAUGCCAUUGUAUCCACUAACUCAAAAUAAACACAUAUAAUCUGGAAAUCGGACAAAUGCUUCUUUUUUU